AUAUAAACUGGAGACCGGCAGGCACCUUCCAACAGUGCAGACAGCCACUGCGGGCGUACGGGCCGCACUUUGCGUUCAGCUCACUGAGGCGGCGACACACAACAAAGAACAGAGUAAAUAGUCACUCCUGGCUCAAAUCACGUCUCACCGCAGGUUUGCUGUCACGAUGGAUGUCAUUCCGGUCUUCCAGAAACCCUCGCAUCUUGUUUGGAGCCCCGUGGACAAGCCGCGCAUACCGAGAUAGCAAUACGUGAUUGCAUCGCACGAAUAUCUGUACAACAGUCAUCGCAUACGACCCCGCUCAACUGACUCUUGGAUUAAAAGAGUCCAGUUUGCAAGUCACCGAUGGAUUCCAGCACACUGCUGCCAACCACGGCGGCUCAGGCCUCUGAGCCGGACAUGUCCGCUUACUUGUGGCUCUUGAUAUUGGGCUUUGUAAUUGGCUUCGUCCUGGCUUUUUCCGUCGGGGCCAACGACGUGGCCAACUCCUUCGGCACGGCGGUCGGCUCCGGGGUGGUCACCUUGCGACAGGCCUGCGUCCUGGCGACCGUCUUUGAGACGGUGGGCUCGGUCCUGCUGGGGGCCAAAGUCAGCGAGACCAUCCGGAAGGGCAUCAUUGACGUCCAGAUGUACAACGGCUCUGAACACGUCCUUAUGGCGGGGUCGAUAAGCACAAUGUGCGGCUCUGCCGUGUGGCAGUUGGCGGCAUCAUUCCUGAGGCUGCCCAUUUCUGGAACUCACUGCAUUGUUGGAGCCACAGUAGGUUUUUCCAUGGUAGCCAGGGGUCAUCAUGGGGUCAAAUGGGUGGAGCUUCUCCGCAUAGUGGCUUCCUGGUUCCUGUCGCCAUUGCUGUCUGGCAUCUUGUCAGGGAUUCUCUUUUAUUUUGUUCGCAAAUUCAUUCUCAAUAAGGCUGACCCGCUGCCCAAUGGCCUCCAAGCUCUUCCGGUGUUCUACUCAAUCACUGUGGGGAUCAACGUGCUCUCCAUCAUGUUUACAGGAGCACCGAUGUUGGGAUUUGACAGGCUGCCAUGGUGGGGUACGCUGUGCAUCUCGCUAGGAUGUGGUGUCGUCACAGCAUUGCUCGUUUGGUUUGUCGUCUGUCCACGACUGAAGAGGAAAAUCAAACAGGAAAAAAUAGGUGCUGCUCCCUGUGAGGCUCCUCUGAUGGAGAAGAACGCUCAAGCAGUGGCCGCAGCUUCGCCCCACCACCCUCAACCUCGGUGCCCUCCAAAAGACACUCAGAAUGUGGCUUUUAAACUCGGAGGCUCAGAAGAGGCUGACCUGGACAUGGAAGCCAAAGACUCGGAUGUCAGUAAUGGACUAGAUAGCAAUGUCGGUCCCGUGACGAUCACAGACCCUCACAGCGGAGGACUGCACGCAAUCCAGAAAGACUCGGGUCUCUACAAAGACCUGCUCCACAAGCUGCACAUGGCGAAGGUGGGCGACUGCAUCGGUGACGGUGACGCAGAGGAGAUGCCCCUUCGGAGAAACAACAGCUACACCUCCUACACCAUGGCCAUCUACGGCAUCCAGGGAGAAGCUAAGAACGUGGACAACGACGACUGGAGGAGGCGGUCCCGAGUGGACAGCUACAGCAGCUCCAAUUCGGCAAUGAGCAGAGGAAGUUCAGUCAAGGAAGCCAGCGUGACGCAGGAGGCUGCUUGGGAGAGUCCUCCCGAGGAAGAUGAGCUCGAGCUCGACCAACCAGCCGUUUCCUCCCUUUUUCAGUUCCUGCAGAUACUAACGGCGUGCUUUGGCUCCUUUGCACAUGGUGGGAAUGAUGUCAGCAAUGCUAUUGGUCCCCUUGUGGCCCUGUGGUUUUUGUACGAGAGCGGUUCUGUUGCAUCCAAUGCACCGACUCCUAUCUGGGUCCUUCUCUACGGCGGCGUAGGCAUCUGCGCGGGGCUCUGGGUAUGGGGCCGCAGGGUGAUUCAGACCAUGGGCAAAAACCUUACGCCCAUUACACCCUCUAGCGGCUUCAGCAUCGAGCUGGCCUCCGCCCUAACAGUUGUUGUGGCGUCGAAUGUCGGGCUUCCUGUCAGCACCACACACUGCAAGGUGGGAUCUGUGGUAGCUGUGGGAUGGCUUCGCUCAAGGAAAUCAGUGGACUGGCAUUUGUUCCGGAACAUUUUCAUUGCCUGGUUCGUCACUGUUCCCAUCGCUGGUCUCAUCAGCGCUGCCAUCAUGGCUCUCUUCAUUUACGUCAUUCUGUGAUCGCAAUCUUUACUGAGUGCGUUAUUGCCUUGAUCAAUCAAUAGCUAGCAGUUCUUGUUGAUGAGCUCUUUGUUUAAGGGUUUUAAGAUGUAAUAAAGAAUGUUAUCGUCAUUGACUGUAAUUCUGCAGUAAGCCAAGCCGAGGUUUUGAUUGACACUGUCAGCGAGGUAUUAAAUUCAUUAUAUUUGUAAAUAUGCUGACUGAAGUGGCGUAGAACUGCACAACUCAAGAAUCAACGUGAAUGUAUACGUAACAUUUUUACAAUAUCAUGUUUCAUUAUUCUGUAUUUAUCGUUCCAUACACUUUACAACUGAGAUUAAAAAGAUUGAGCAGUCGUAAGUGAA